UAUUUCUAAACCAUCGUAUGUAUGUGUAUAUAUAUAUAUAUAUAUAUAUAUAUAUAUAUGUUUUCGUAAGUAAGUUAUGAUUAAAGUUGUAAAUCUAUUUACUGUCGUAUUUUCUCAUUCAAGACUCAAGCUUUAGCAAUGGAGGCAGGUACUCUAACCCUUCAAAUCCCGUCUAUGGUUUCGCUUCCCUUCUAUGGAGGGAGGCCGUAUUCUAAAGAGAAUGAAUCGUCUUUAGUUGAUGGUAAUGGUAAUGUUGAUUCGAUUAAGAUACGAAAGAGGCCCACAAUGCUUGUGUUGCCUGAAUAUUGUCCUGAGAAAGAGUUUAUUUUAGAGAAAAGAAAGAUAGAAAAUGUUGAAGUUGAGAUUAAUGAUAGAGAUUAUGUUGUGUUGAGUAAAAAAGGAACAAGAGAGAACAUGGAAGAUCGUUUUAAGGUUAUUACUCAUGUUUUUGGUGAUCCUAAACAGGCGUUUUUCAGUGUAAUAGACGGACAUGGAGGCGUUGGUGCAGCAGAUUACGUGGCAGAUAAUUUAGGGAACAACAUUCUCAAUUCACUUCAAAACCAUGAUGGUCAAAGAGUAGAAGAAGCCAUACGAGAAGGAUAUCUAAACACUGAUAAAGAUUUCCUAACACAGGGUGUAAGCAGUGGAGCAUGUGCUGCGAGUGUAAUCAUUCGAGGUGGUGAAUUAUACAUUGCUAACGUAGGAGAUUGUAGAGUAGUUUUGAGUAAAAGAAGAAUUGCAACUACAUUGACUAAUGAUCACAAUCUAAGCAAUCAAUAUGAGCGAUCUCGUAUUCAAAGUUCUGGUGGAUUUGUACAUAGCUGCAAUGGAGUAUGGAGACUUCAAGGUACUCUUGCAGUGUCAAGAGCAAUUGGAGACUUGCAGUUUAAAGAUUGGAUUAUUUCUGAUCCUGAAAUUCAUAAAAUAUCCCUAACUUCAGAUUCUGAUUUCCUUAUAAUGGCUUCUGAUGGAUUAUGGGACAAGGUGAGUGAACAAGAAGCUGUUGAUAUUGUUUCAAUGGAGAAAGCUAAUAAUGCAAUGAAAUGCUGCAAAAAGCUGGUUGAUAUAUCAUUUAGCAGAGGCAACAAAGAUGACAUAACUGUCAUGAUAAUCUACCUUCAAAACUUUGUUGUAGCUUAACACCAAAUUAUUGUUUUCAUGUUCAAUUAACAUUAAUCAAUUGAUUACUGUAUAUAAACAAAUUUAGUGAAAAUAAAAAAAUAUAAUUAUUUAGAUAUUAUUCAUUUAUAAACCAUUUUUUUAAUGGUCUUUUUAUGUAGGAGAUAUUUAUUUCUUAAUUCUUUAGCAAAAUUCUUGUAUAAUGAGUAAAACAAAUUAAU